CGCACGAACCGAGGACGGCGUGAGCCUGUGCCAAAGGGCUCUCCAGAUAAUCACCGAGCUGUGCCUCGCCGGGCACGUCGACCGGGAGAAAUGCGCAGACAUCUUUCCAACCGAGAGCAAAUUACCAGGUAAAGGAAGUUCAGGUAAAUGUGACUAAAAUGGCUGUUUAAACUGCUGAAAGCUGCUGUUUCUGACUUAACUCUCCAAUUCAACUGUGAUAGAAAGUUUUUACUGCUAUAUUAAGUGCCAAAUGUGUUCGAGAAAUACUAGAGGAAUGUUUACUCUCACUGUAAAACCCUGUAAGUGCAGUGCAACAGGUAGGAGCAGCAUCAUCAUCAUCAUCUAUAACACAGACUGGUUACUAAAUGUGUCAGUACUGUGGACAUGCAUUCACCAUUUAUUUCCCACACAAUAUGUGUCUACUAUUAUUAGCUUGUGCCAUGUAUACAAGCUCACUAUCACUGUUUAUAUUCCUCAUUAAGUAUAAAUGAUGUCACAUUUAUAGCAUGUUUUUUUAUCUAAUAAAUAAAAAAACACUGAUUCUUCACACAACAGGUCCUCCGGUUAUUAUACUUGUUGUGCAAACAGGUGCAUAUGCAAAUGAAGCAAUGUGUUCAGGGUUGUAAAUGUCAAAAUGACACAUGUUCUGUGCAGAAAGGUAAAUGUUUAGAAAGCAUUAAUUAUUCUAUUGUGCACCAGGACCAUGAAGCCCAGUCUGCUGCUAUGGUGACACCUGUGUCUUAGAAACGUGUCUGUUGCGUUCGGUACCUUCAGAUACAAUGCAGGACCCCCGACUACACUCCCCCCCAGACACUUACACACACACACAUACACACACACACCCACACACAUACACUAUCAUACUUGAAAACACACACAUGUAGAUGGUAUACAUAUAAUGUACAUGUUUAGUGUGUUUUUAGAGUGUUUCAUGUGUUGUAUAAGUAUGUUUUCACUUGCUUGUGAACAUGUAAGUGAACGUAAUGUAAUAACCCAGCUCUAAUUGGCUAAACAUGACAAAUGACAAUGCUUUUAAACUGUGUGAUUUAUUGACACUGUGACUUCCCUUGUCAUUUUCUAUUACAAUUUUAUUGCAUUUAAUUCUUUUCCCUUCUCUGCAAUACAGGAUUUAUGUCCCUUUCUUAUGCAUUUCCUUCUUUUUUUCUCUCUCUAUUACUCUUCCUUGUGUGUUCCACACUUUCAUUGCUGCUGGCCUUUUCUGUUUGCCUCGUCUGUCUUUUCAAUUUACCCCAUCAUCUUUUACUUCUCUGCCUAUUGCUCUCGCUCUCUUACAUCACCUCUAUUUACUCUCAAUCUCUUCCUCUGCUCACUCAACUGUCCUCCCCUAAACCAUUGCCUGUAGACAUCUCUGUAAGUCUCCUAGCUGUGCUCGUGGGUUUCUGUGGACUCGCCCUGUUGGUAGUCUCUCUCUUUGUGUUUUGGAAGCUGUGCUGGCCCAUCUGGAGAAGCAAGGCGCUCUCCUCUCACAGCGAGACUGUUCGUCAAGGGGUUCUGCCCGAGGCACCAGCACCCACACCUCAUGUCACGCCAUUGCUUCUGGAGCGUCAGGCUUUACAGGCGGAGAAGCAGGAGAAGAAAGACGAAGAGGAGGACCAGAGGAGGAAGGUGCCCGAGGUGAAGGUAAACGGUUGUAGAUCGGUGAAGUCACUUGAGGCAGCCAUGAAGAUCAGCCAGACAUCUCCAGACAUCCCGGCUGAGGUGCAGCAGACAAUACGUGAACGCCUGAGUAAGAAGGCCAAGAUUCAGAAACAGAGCACUGAACCCACCUCAUUCUCCAGACACAAUUCCUUUCGUCGCCAUCUCAGACGGCAGAUGAACGUCACUAGUGUGGAUUUCACCAUGGACACCCUGCCAGUGAGACAGUCCUCAGCAGUCAGCAUCGGACGCAUAAAGCCAGAACUCUACAAGCAGAAAUCCGUAGACUCGGAGGAAGGCAACAAGGAGCCAGUGGAGACAUGUGGCAAGCUUAGCUUUGCUCUGAAGUACGACUAUGAAGAGCAGGCUUUGGUAGUGCGCAUCCUUAAAGCAUUGGACCUGCCAGCCAAGGACUUCACAGGUACUUCUGACCCCUACGUAAAGAUCUACUUGCUCCCUGAGCGUAAAAAGAAGUUCCAGACACGGGUCCACCGAAAGACACUAAACCCUACAUUCGAUGAGGUGUUUUGUUUCCCAGUGGAGUACGACCAGCUGUGUAACCGUAAGUUGCACUUCAGUGUCUACGAUUUUGACCGCUUCACAAGUCAUGACAUGAUCGGCGAGGUGGUGGUAGACAACCUGUUUGAGCUCUCAGACCUGUCACGUGAGGCCGUGGUAUGGAAGGACAUUCUCGCCUCCACUACAGAGAGUGUGGAUUUAGGGGAAAUUAUGUACUCCCUCUGCUACCUUCCCACGGCUGGCCGUAUGACUCUGACUGUCAUCAAGUGCCGUAAUCUUAAAGCCAUGGACAUCACUGGCUCUUCUGACCCGUAUGUAAAAGUGUCGCUAAUCUGCGACGGACGAAGGCUGAAGAAACGGAAGACCACCACUAAGAAGGGCACACUCAACCCUGUGUACAACGAGGCUAUCAUCUUUGACAUUCCUCCUGAGAACGUGGAGCAGGUCAGCCUGUCAAUUAUGGUGAUGGAUUAUGACAGAGUUGGACACAAUGAGGUCAUCGGUGUGUGUCGGACCGGCCCCGAUGCAGAAGGUCUGGGUCGAGACCACUGGAACGAGAUGCUGGCCUACCCACGCAAACCCAUCACCCACUGGCAUGCUCUGUGUGAGUGGCCAGGAAGAGGUUCCAGUUUCGAAAGCCAGGGUUCCUGCCCUUCACCCAAACCUCCACAGACUCCAUAAUCACAUGAGACCCUGAAAGCCACAGAUCUUUUCCCACUGCUUAGUGGCCAUGUUUUUGGUUUGUAUCACCGGAUAUCUCUUUUUCUCUUGUCGUAGCUUGUAAAUUCCAUCAUUUUGCCAGAGGAUAACAUGCAGUGCCAGGUGUCCUGUGUCACACAGAUUAUGUCACUCGCUUGCCUCUAGAACUUGCUGUAAGCAGGUGGAUUAAAGGCAAUGGCUGAGGAAACGCGUCUCCUGAAUGGUGAUGUGAUGGAAUGUGACGUUUGACAGUCUAAUGAUAACUACACUAUCGGUGACAUAUCAAAUGAUAGCCUUUAAAUUUUUUGUCUUUUGCAUAAUAUAAAAAAAGUUGACAAUAUUUGAUGUUUUAAAUAUUUAUUUUUUUAAAUGACAACCAUAACAGUGGCAUGCAAAUUUUAAAAACCUUUCCUUAUUUUCAGUGUGUUUGAUUUGAAAGUUAAAACAGCAGUGUUGAACCCUGAAUAUUCACCUGAAUGAUAUAGAUGUCAACACAUACUGUAUGGUGAAAAUGUAUGCAAAUGUUUUUACUCCUGCUUUAUGGGUACAUGUACAGUACAUUUCCUACUCUUGUAAAGUGAAUCACUCAUUCUUUAAUUUUCAUUUACUAUAAUCAGUGAUCACAUGGAAAAAAAGGAACCUGGACCUAAAGCCUGCUCUCAAAAUAUAGCCUGUAAAGAACAGGUUCAUUAGAAAACAGGUCAUAGCUUGUCAUGUUACUGCUUUUUUUCAUUCUAAAGAUAAACCAUUUUAUCCAACAAAUAUAGAAAAAAAUGAUAGUGUGAAUUUAAGUCUACAAUUUCCUGAUUUGGGGAAAGACCUCAGGCAUAUGAAAGCAAUCCAGGGUCAUGGUGCUUCUUCAGUUUGACAUGAAUAAGAGCUAGAACCCAUCAAGCCAUAUGUCCAAUUAAAACCUUAACAAAAAAAAGCGCAACAAGAUGUAGAAAGAGAGCAGAAAUCAUACUUUAGUAAAGGAAAUGAACACACAUGGAAGCGCUUUACAGCAUGGAGGAGUUGUGAUGAUUCUGUUCACCUCAUGUCAACCUCAUGCAUUCAUCACAGUGCAGAUUUUGUACAAGGCAAAAUUCACAGCAGCAGAUAAUGUAGCAUGAGGAUUUAUUUUCUUAAGUCAUCAAAUGCACAACAGCGAUUUAAAUUUUAAAUCUAAAUGAUCCCAAAAAUGGAAUCAAUCAUUUGCCUGCUAACAUCUUUUUCAUUCCUUCAUGUCUAUUAGGAUAUUAACAAAUUUCCAUAAUGCAAAGAUCACAUUAUUUUUGGGUAAUCAAACCCAAAUAUUUUGACAGCAGUGAAAUUCAUACAUGAAUUUGUUGGGCAAGUGUGAGCAAGGAAUUGCUCCUAGAAAUAGGAAACAUUUAAUUAGAGAAAAAAAAAUCGAGAAAACAUAAAGCAGGAAAAAUAAAUUGAAUCGUAAAUGUUCAUUUUUAAUGGCAAAUUAAAACAGUUCUUGCUAGUGAGCUCAGAUUUUGGGAAGUUCAGUUGUGUCCCAGAGGAUUAUUUAACUUUAACCAUUUAUUUAUUUAAUUAUUUAACUUGCUUAACCGUUUGAAAAAAAAGAGGUAAAAUGAACCUCAAGACAUACAGUAUUUAAUUAAAUGUACCUCCAUAAAUCCUGGCAUAUGGAGGUAAUAGCAAAAUGUAGCUGAUAUUGACAUAAUUCAAUUUAUUUAUUUAUUUAUUUAAUUUAUUUAUUUAUUUAAUAUACUCAGUACAGUAGUAGUGUUUUGUAACUGAAUAAAAAAAACAGACAUAUGGAGGACAUCAGUAGUUUGUAACAUUUGUUUUUCCCUGCGAGUUUCUCAAAAACAGCUGAUGCAGCAGUAAAUCUUGCAAUUAGAAGACCUUGCAAUUAUGCAAAUCAGUAUCUGUAAUUAAAUGUAUAUGCAACAUUGUUGGACCAAAGGAAUGAUCCAGAAUAUACAUUAUGAUUUUCUGUUCCCAUUCACCAUUGGUUUCAUGUUACCAUAGCAACACAACAUCCCUAGUGUGAAUUAGUAAUAGAGGACCUGUGUAGAUUUGGAAAUCAUAUAAGAUAUGUGAUCACAGACGUAAUGCAAUGAACAUGGCAAAUAUCUAAAGGCUGUGUACUGUUAACUUUCAUUUGCACAGUAGGACUACGUUUCUGCCCCAGUAGAACAAAAAAGUAAUACAUUCUUGUAGCAUGUUGACACCAGUCUCCCUAUUUCCUUUGUAAUAUUCAAAAUAGGAUAAAAUUUUAAAUAUGAACUACUGAAUUUCAGAGUUGUCUUUGUAUUUGCACAUAUCCUUCUUUCCAGUGCCAACGUGCAUCAAUACUUGAGUGUAAAAUACUUGAGUUUCUUGAAGUUAUGUUAAAGUGCAUUUCUAUGGAUCGUUUGGUGAUCAUUUGUACGAUAAUGAAACUUGUGAUCUUAUAUACACUUUAUACACAAUUUGCAUCUGUUGUGAAAUGUUGAAUUAAACCUGCUGAAAGUGCUAUUCUUUGAGGCCAUUGAAUAGUUCCUGAGUAAACUUCAGUGAUUUUUGUCUUGUAUCUGGCAAAGAGAAAACGGUGUGCACUAUUCGUCGUCAUGAAAUGUACAGUUUUGUGAUAACUUUUGUAACCAUUCAGUAAAUACUGAAUAUUGUCAUUUUACUGUAUUCGUUUCUUAUGUAUUUUAACUAAGUAAACCCUGUUUGUCAAAAUGCAA